AUGACUAUACUAGUGAUAUAUCUGAUAUAUUCAGCAACAUCGCUACUCAUAUCUCUGGUAACACCUUAUAGCAAACAAGAAAUUGAAUAUUUGCAAGAAUUUGGUUAUUUGCCUAAACCAACUUCAAAUGUAGCAGCAAUGCUUAGUGAAACAAUGAUGGAAGAAGCAAUCCGAGAAUUGCAGCUAUACGGAAAUAUACCAAUAACUGGAAAAAUAGAUGCUGCUACUCGAGAAUUAAUGUCCAGGAAGAGAUGUGGCUUAAGUGAUCGUCCAAUUGAAGAAGCGUUUCAAGGAAGAAGGAGACGUGGACAUCAAAAACGAUUCGCUUUAAUGGGACCAAAAUGGACUAAACAAAUUAUUACAUACAGCUAUGAUCCAUACAAACGAUCACAACAACAACUACUAUUACUACUACUACUACUACUACUACCACCACCACCACCACCACCACCACCACUGUUGUUGUUGUUGUUUGUGAAUAAUCCAUCUCGAAGUAUUCCUCAUUUGGGCGCAAUACGACGUGAAAUAAAUGAAGCAAUCAAUAGUUGGCAAUAUAUAUUGCCAAUGCAGUUUCAUGAAGUACGACCGGAAUCAGAAGCUGACGUAAAGAUACGUUUUGCAAUAGGUGAUCAUGGUGAUCCGUAUCAUUUCGAUGGAAGUGGAAAAAUUUUAGCACAUGCAUUUCCACCUGGUGAAGGAAUCGGUGGUGACAUUCAUCUGGACGAUGAUGAACAUUGGACCGUUGCACUCACAGGCGAUCCUUAUAGGCAGCAGGUGAGUCUUCGUUCGAUUGCAAUGCAUGAAUUUGGACAUAGUAUCGGUCUAUCUCAUUCAAAUCAAGAAGAUAGUGUCAUGUAUGCUUUUUAUCAGUAUGACUUACCGGCAAAACUCUCAUAUGAUGAUUUAUUGGCCGUUCGAACUCUUUAUGGUGGCGGUGCUUAUCAUCCAAAAGAACCAACAGAUGCUCCUCGAUUGCAUUCAACCACUACUACACAAUCACCAUCGUUGCCAAGAAGACCUGAGCAACCAACAAAUCAGCUUCCAACAAUUCAUCCGGAUACUCCAGAGUUACCAAUCCCAGAACCAGACCCAUGCAAAUCCGAAUACGACGCCGAUAGAUGGUUUUGGCGAAUACGACAAGAUGGUACGUUAAGUCAGAGUCCACAUCAUAUCAAUACGCUAUGGAAAGAGGCUGCAUGGCCUAUAGAUGCGGCAGUGGAAAGUGAUCAUCAAAUCUACCUAUUCGCAGGUAAAGAUAUUUACAUAUUCAACGGUCAACGUCUUGUCUCAAAGAAAAUGCUCACCGAUUUGGGCUUACCAGCCAAUGUUGAACGCAUUCGACUUGUUUACACAUGGAAUUACUGGACCGAACAACCGAUGUACAUUUGGACAAAAGAUAAGUUCUGGAGAGUUGAUAAGAAAUCUGGAAAGGUUGAAAUUGGUUAUCCACGAAAGAUCGCAACAACAUGGCAUGGUAUUCCAGAGCAAGCUAGCGCUGCCGUUACUUAUAAUGAUGGUUGUUUCUUUUUCCUUGCUUAUUUGAAUCUAAAAAUCACUUAUUACUGA